AUGGACCUCGCCAUCGACCUCUCCAACCCCAAGAACGCCCUCUCCCUCCCCCACAUCCGCUACCAACUCAUCCGCCUCGAAGACACCGUCCUCUACAACCUGAUCGAACGCGCCCAAUUCCCCCUCAACAGCACCAUCUACAAGCCCGGCGCCGUCAAAAUCCCCGGCAGCGAACUGAGUUUCAGCGACUGGGUCUUGCGGGAACAGGAAAAGUUGCAGAGCAGGAUACGGCGGUAUCAGAGUCCGGAUGAGUAUCCUUUCUUUCCGGAUGCGAUGGAGGAGUUGAUCCUGCCGCCGUUGGAGUAUCCCAAGAUUCUGUGGGAGAAUGAUGUGAAUGUGAAUGGACGGUUGAAGGAGGCGUAUGUGGAGAGUGUGUUGCCGUCGAUUUGUGCGGUGAGGGAGAGGGAGGAGCGGCCGGCGGAGGCGCAGGAGAAUUAUGGGAGUGCGGCGACGGCGGAUGUGACUUGCUUGCAGUCUCUGUCGCGAAGAGUGCAUUUUGGCAAAUUCGUCGCCGAGUCGAAGUUUCAGCAAGAUCCGGAGAAAUUCGUCAAGUUGAUCAAAGCGGGGGAUACGAAGGGGAUUGAUGAGGCGAUCACGGAUAUGAAGGUUGAACAGAAAGUUCUGGAGAGAUUGAGGCGGAAGGCGGAGAUGUAUGGGACGGAUCCGAAUAUGGAUGCUGAGGCACCCAAGAAGAUUGCGGUUGAUGCGGUGGUGGCGACAUAUAAGGAUCAUGUUAUCCCUUUGACGAAGGUGGUCGAGGUGGAUUAUUUGAUGCAGAGGCUAAAGGGGAGCGAGUGGGAAUGA